AUGGUGUACACUCCAAACGUCGAGGAGGACGACAUGGGUUUAACACCCUCAUCCUCAUACUACAUCAUCACAAGACGAAAGCAGGCACCAUUCCUAGUCCAGAAGCUGCCCGAGUUGGCGAGUCCUUUCGGUUACAAGCGUGCGCCAGCUUACCAGUUCAUCUCACGGCUUCGUGACUAUAAACCGCAUCUGAAGGACGUCUUGAUCGUGUCGUCAACGGCAUCUGCCGAUGUUGGGUUGAUUACUAGGUCAGAUCACCCGCUCUCAAGUGAGGAUAGUGCUAAAGCCACGGUUGGGCAAUUUGUUACCACCGAAGUCAAUGACGAUGCGAAAAAGGCGUCGGUCCCUCUCAAAGACUCCCUCGACGAGACUUCAGUGAUAGGUCUGGCAGUCGAUCUCUCUAGCUCGGAACCCGUGAUUGCCCCCAUUCAAGGGGCGGACAUUGAUGAAAGUUCCACGCCCUUGCCAAAUAUCCUUCUGCUGAACCAUGAGGGUAUCUUAUGUUCCUGGUGGUUUAUCUACAAUGAUUCAAUCCGUCAGAAGUUACCAUAUCAUGGUCUGGCCUCGGUAGGGCCCCAGCAACAACACCCCGUAUCUCAAUCGCAAAGGGUACAACCGCAAACCGUGGCGCAACCAGCUUUUGGGCAGUCGGCUUUCGGUAGCUCAGCUAGCCCUAGUGCACCCGCGUUUGGUACUCCAGCAUUCGGCAAACCAUCUGCGCCGGCAUUUGGAAGUCCAUCGGCAUUGGGGAAACCUUCCCAACCCAGUUUCGGGCAGCCUUCGUUCGGUGCCCCAGCCUUUGGGGCGCCUGCUUUUGGGGCGCCGGCCAGUCUAGGCUCGGCUGCACCACAGUUCGGUAAAUCUGGCUUUGGACAGCCUUCGACGCCUGGGAAAGGAUUUGGCUCAUUUGUUGGAACUGCUGCAACCUCAGGCGGGGGCUUCGGCUCGUUCGCAGGUGGAGGUGGCUUUGGUAGUCUUGCUGCCACGAAACCCACUGAGGGCUCUCCGUUCAGCCAAGUAACCAGCGAAAGUCCAUUUGCUAAAGCUUCUGGAUCGUCGGCAUUUGGCGGUCAAACCGACAAUACGGCAUUCGCACCUCAGAAGACGGAGGACUCCAAGGGUGCUUUUGGUGCAGGUUCCGGUGGCUUCGUACUCGGGUCGACUUUCAAGGGCGAUGGGACCGCCGUCAAUGAUGCUCCCAAACCAGAAAAGUCUUCUGGCUUGUUCUCAUUCGGCUCAUCGUUCGAUGAGAUGGUUUCUGCUCCAAGCAAACUCAGCCCGCCCAUGGAGGCCAUGGAUGACAUGGAGGACGCCAUUCCCCAGCAGAAUGUUGCCGAGGAAAAGGCACCAGCGCCAUCCAUAUUUGGCACACCCUCGAAGGCUUCCUCUGCAACGUCUUUAUUUAAAGCCUUCGGAUCUCAAACGCAAACUUCGCAGCCGUUCGGCUCAGCCCCAACGGCCAAAUCACCCUUCUCAAUUUUCGGAAGUACCGCAACGGAAAACAAGUUACCGAGCCCUUCAUCAACCCCUUCGGAAAAGACUGCUAUAGCUAGCCCACCUCCAACCCUGGCCAAGUCACCUGAACCUGAAAUUACUCCUGUUACAUCAGUUCCGGAAGCUCCUCUCCCGCCCGACCCCACAAGCAGAGCUGUGUAUGGACCUGGUGAUACUUCUGCCUCUUCCAACGUUUCAAAAAGCUCGGUUGACGAUGCGCCCCUACCUCCUGACUUCACAGCUCUACGGAAAUCCCCAGAACCUGAGAGUGAGCCACCAUUACCUCCUGACUUCACCGUGAAGCCUAGGGAAGAGGAGUCGCAGCAGCAAGCCGAAGAAGCAACAUUGCCGCCUGAUUUUACGAAGCCAAGUGUGCCGUUUGCAAAAGAGCCUCCGCCGAUCCCCGAUGGUUCGGACGCGGAUGAAUCGGAGAAAGGCUCGCAGGGAGCGGACGAGUCUGAGUUUGAAGACAGUGGAGAAGACAUCACACACGAUCUAAGCCAGCCUGAAACUAAUGCACGGAGCGUGGAGUCAUCACCGGAGAGCUCUUUUGAUGGUAAGCAAGCGGACGAGAGUCCUGCCGGAUCCCUGUUCGGGAAACAACAUCCGCGGAAACUGUUUGGGGAGAUAAACAAACCAGUAUUCCCUCAGCCUAGCCAUGUUCAGGGCUCCCCGCGAUCCCCCAGUCCGGUACGGCCAGGUCGUGGCCGUAAAGGUCUGCCUGGUCUGGAGAACCUUAGGUCCGUUAGUGCUCCUCAUAAGCCAGGGGAUGCUCUUGCUGCCCGCAAAGCAUCCCUCUCGGAGUUGGCUAAAAGGGAAAGUCGACUGAAACCGGAACCCAAAGAGCCCCAACCACAGCCUACGGUUCAAGCUCAGGAGGAACCUUUGUCAGACGACGAGGAUGAACGGCUCCGUGCGGACCUCAGUCGACCUCUGGAGCCUGUGCCAACACUUGAUCCUUUCUUACCUCAUCAGGAUUAUACGGGUCAAACAGCCAAGCCAGGGAUCCCGGGCCAGAUUGAGAGGCUCUACCGCGACAUCAAUUCAAUGGUAGAUACUCUAGGGAUAAACGCGCGAUCUCUGUCCGCUUUCCUCCUGUACCAACAGGAAACAACCGACUCCGACUGGGUUAAUAUACUCAAAGGAGACCACCCUGCCGACAUCCUAGAUGAGAAAUGUCUCCUUCGGCAAAUUGAGGAUCUGGAUAAUGCCGUCGCUGUUCUUGUGAGCUCACUAGAGGAGCAGCAAGUUCAAAAGGUUGAGGAAAAGCUUGAAAGCUGUCGAGAGAUCCUCGGCAAAGAUAUUUUGGCCCUUCGCAGCCAAUGUGCUAGUAUCCGGAAGACCCUCGAUGCGCACACUGAUACUGCUGCAAUCUUAUCAGCGCCUCUUUCUGCUGAGCAAGCGAGCCUUCAGCAAGAUCUACGCGCGUCGUCUGCUGAUAUCCAAGCGAAAUUGGCAGAUCUUGAGUCUGCAGUGUCUCUUCUGCGUGCCAAGAUUGCUGAUGCGCCCCGCGCCGAUGGAUCCCGGCAAUCGACGAGACGUCCAACUGUCGAGGCUGUGACAUCAACGAUUGCAACCAUGAUGAACAUGGUUGAGAGCAAGAGCGGUGAUAUUGACGUCUUGGAAGUCAAGUUGAAAAAGUUAGGCAUCGACACCUCAGCGGCCCCGAGUAGCCGGGAGGGCUCUCCGUUUGCUACACCGAGAAAGGGACUUGGAAAGCUUCCUACUACUCCUGGAUCCCGUGGGCCUCUGGAUGGCGCCAUAACUUCCUACCACACGCCCGAAUCUGCAGCUCGAGGCAUGAACUUCCGAUCGAGCAUCAACGGAUCAGCAAAGGGUAGCAGAUUUCGGGCAAUGGAGACUCUUGGUGAUCUUGGCAACAAGCGCGAGAGCGCGCAGUGGAAGGCCAAGAUGCAGCGCAAGCAGCACAUCAUGAGCAAUUUGAAAAAAGCGAUUGACGAGAAGAAAUCCAAGGUUCGAAGUGUAGAUGACCUUUAG